CUGUCAAAAUAUCGUUUUAUCUGGAAGUUGGAGCUGCGAAGAAUUGUACCCGGUUUAUUUAUGUUUAAUUUAGAAAAAUGGGUGUGAUUUUAAAAUAUGUGGUUGCCGGGUUAUUACGGUAUUGGUUAAUUAAUUUGGAUUAUUGGCAAACUAUAGCGAACAGAGUGGAAAUCGCAACGCCUCUGAACUCAUGGAAGAGGUUAAUAGAAGGCGUUUAUUUAUAUGAUCACAACAUAAAUCCUUAUGAAGGAGAUUCGUUUCAUGAAUCACCUAUAAUGCUAGUAUUUUUCUACUAUAUCAUGAAAAAAGUGCCAUUUAUAUUACCGGUUUUAUUCACAUUGUUGGACCUCCUGACUGCUCAUCUUCUAUACAAAACUUCUAAAGCUUUUAUACGGAUUUUGAAAGAAUCCCAAGAGAAGCAACUGGCUGAAGUUGCUGAUGAGUCUAAACCUAUGCUUUUGGACGAUGCUCAACUGAAGGAAUCUGCAGAAUAUGUGUUAUCUGUUUACUUGUUCAACCCAUAUUCUGUUUUGAACUGUGCUGGUAUGACUACAACAGUUAUACAGAACUUGUUGGUGGCUACAGCAUUGUGGGGGGCUUCAAGUGGUCAGAGAAUUGUUGCUUGUGUAUUUAUUGCACUGGCUACACACCAAGCCCUGUACCCAGUAUUGCUAAUUGUACCAAUUGCCUUAAUAUUGGCUGAAGUCAACAAAGGGUGCACCAAAUGUUCUUAUAUAAGAACAUUACUUGUGUUUGUGUUAAGCUGGGGAUUCCUCAUUUAUUUGUCAGCAUAUAUUAUGGAUGGUUCUUACAAAUAUGUCUACAACACCUACGGAUUUAUAUUAACUGUGCCCGACUUGAAGCCAAACAUUGGACUGUUCUGGUAUUUCUUUACAGAAAUGUUUGAACAUUUCCGAGUGCUGUUUGUUUGUGCAUUCCAAAUCAAUGCUCUAGCCUUGUAUGUGGUACCUCUUACACUAAGAUUCAAGAAAGAUCCAAUACUAUUGGCCACAGUGCUUAUUGCACUCUCAAGUAUAUUCCGAUCCUACCCAUGUGUGGGUGAUGUUGGCUUUUAUUUAGCUUUACUGCCAAUGUGGAAACACUUAUUCACAUUCAUGCAGCAGAAAUUCAUAGUGGGCUGCACAUUCAUCAUCACCUCUGCACUUGGACCAACAGUGUGGCACCUGUGGAUAUACUCUGGAUCAGCGAAUGCCAACUUUUUCUUUGGAGUCACUCUCUCCUUUGCCACUGCCCAAAUAUUCCUUAUAACAGACUUACUGUUCGCAUAUAUCAAGAGAGAGUUUACCUUAAAAAAAGGGUCAUCAAGACAAGUGGAUGGAAAACCGGCCAAAUUGGUACUUCGAUAAUAAUAUACACUGUAAUGUUUUUGAUACAUCUUUCAGUUAAUAUUUACUAUUGCUGUUAGCUAAUUACUUAUUUCACGUCCAUAUUCUUUAUUCUUACUUACCAUGGAUUACGAAGAGAUUUUUUGUAAACAAACUUUUAGUUUUAUCCAUCAAAACUAAUUAUAGACUGUAUUUAGUGAGUUUAUUUUGAAACAUGCACAUGUAAAUUACUAAUGAAUGAAUAGUAUUGUUUGUACAUUCAUCCAAUAGAGACUGUUUCAUGCUAGAACAAAACAUUUUCUAUUGUAAGGUUAGUCUAUAAAUUAAUUUUAGAUAUUUUAUAUGACUGCAAAGUUAAGAUAUGAACAGAUAUAUGCCAGUAUGUGGCAUUAUGGUAAUACGGGCAGCACUUGUAAGAAAGCAGAAAGUUGCUAAAACGGAUUUUUGGCUCUUAAAAAGUAAUUGUUAUUGACGUUCUUUUUUUAAUUUGAACACAUAUUCAAUGCGUGUCUUGAACUACCACUGAAAUUAUCUUUGGUAUUUAGUAACAUAAAAAUAACUUAUGAUAUUAAUCUACAAAGUGGCCCAUGAAGCCAAUAUCUGUGUAUUUGAAACCCUUAUAUUACAGCUUGUUACCUCAAACCUCAAAUAAUACGGAAACCACAAAUUAUUGGAAGAUAUGUUUGCACCUUAGAAUUAAUUUCACCUUGGUUUGUAUAGAAUUUGGAUGAAGAAAGAUAUGUUUAUUUUUAUGUUGUUUAUGGCUGCCAUGUACAGGGAACUGACGGGAUUUGUGAGGAAAAAAACAUUCCUCGUCUUUUAUUUACAAUGUCAUACUGUCUUAUUUUAGUUUGUUUCUUUUUAUUAUACAUGAUUAUAUUUCUUUGAGAUAAAUAUGGGAACAAUUUUGUUUUGCCUACUUAAGUAUUUGUAUAUUUGGUUGUGUUUUUACUUGUAAAAGUUGCAUCACAAAUGUUAUUGACACCUUUGCAUUUAAAGUAUCGUACAAUUUAAUUAUAUUAUUAUUUAUUUAAAAAAACUACUGUCCAUUUAAUUUGUUCUUGAUAUCUAAUAAUUUAAUUUGAAUACCAAAUAUGUAAAGAAUGAAUUUAGUUUUUUUUUGAAACUAGAAUAAUUUUGUACAGAUGGAU